AUGAUUCUCCGACGGGUCGAGAUAUGGCUGCAGGAGCAAUAUCUCCUUAGAGAAGCAGAGGAGACCGCCGAGGCAUCCAGCAAUCUUGGGGCAUCUGAUGCCAAGGCGAACAUGCCGCAGAAUCACAGCGAGGAGCCUGCAUCGAGAGCAGGGUCAGCGCCUGCUACACCCACUUCUGCCGUGGACGAUGGGUCGCAGAGGAACCGAAACCGUGCCUCCAAAUCCAAGCGGCGCUGGUGCACCUCCUAUACAGAUGUCAAUCAGUGUCACCACGGCGCCGGCUGUGCCACUGCACACUCUCGCGAGGAGAUUGGAGUUCCGCUUCUGUCCACUGCUGAGAACCAGGAGCAACAUGCCUUGACAGAUGACUUCUUCAUGUACAAGUACAAGAUGACCUGGUGCCCAAUCCACAAGCAGCACGACUGGCACACUUGCGUUUAUGCGCACACCUACCAGGAUGCACGGCGCCCUGCCACCAUCGGCUACGGAGCCAUGCCGUGCCCAUACUGGAGCCACAAGGACACCGGUGCCGAGUACUCGCACCGCUGUCCGCUCGGCCUCCGUUGCCCCUACUCGCAUGGUGCCAAGGAGCAACUCUACCACCCACACUACUUCAAGACGGUGAUGUGCGGGCAGGCAUGCGCCGACAAGCUGUGUCCGUGCUACCACCAGCGCCAUGAGCGUCGAACGAUGUGGGAGGAUGAUAUCGACUACACAACUCCACUUCCGGUGGAGGUAUUGCCCGAAAGCUGGGUCACUGACUUUCUGAUGCAGGCUCCUGGGCAAAUGCAGCACAGCGGACAGAAUGGGCAGAUGCAAUGCGGGCAGAUGCCUUUCUUCCCAAUGUUGCUGCAGAACUCGCCUUCGCUUGCAACCCAAUCGCAUGGCAUGUCUGCUGACAUUAUGCUUCCGUGGGUGCCUCUGCCCAUUUAUGCGGUCGCUGCCCCCGAGGUGAUGUGCUGUGGAGCCUUGUGUAGUGCCAGCUACCACUUCUGCCCCUUCUGCGGCAACCCCCUGUGGGUUGCUGCAGGGCUCGGAGGGCCUGUGAUGAUGGCUGCGUACUUGCAGCCCCACUUCGAGGUGAUAUCUCCGCAGUCUUGA